AUGACUUCAGCACGUGCGUCAAGUGAGCGCAGUGGCUCCAUUCAGUCUGAAGACCGACCCAAGACAUCGUUCCAGACCAAGGCCGACCCUAAUAUGGCACUUUACGAGGCCCAACCCAUGUCCGUGAACACCGAACCUGGCGCCCGUGACCAAUACUCCCUUCGCAGUAUUCAACAUAAGGACCGAAGUGGUAACAUCAUCACUGAUCCCGACCAGUCUAACCCGACACGAAACCGUCUCGAGCGACCUCUAGACACAAUCCGGUCAUUUGAAGCCGCCAUCGACUCCCAGCGGAGACAGGAUCGAAUGUGA